UUUAUUUUUUAUAGAUAAAAAUUAUAUCGUUUUGGUGAAGAUGAUGGUGGCAAAUAAUAGCUUUGAUUUAUGGAAAAAUGAUUCCUUUUUUUCUGCAGCUGAGGAGGUUCAAGAAUCAACUGAUGUAAUGGAAUCAGCAUACAGAUUGUGGAUAAGAGAAAGGAGAGAAGGCCUAAAACAAGAGGAUUUAGAUGAACUCUGUAGGGAGCUCCAAACGGCUUUAGGUACUGCUAAAUGGCAGUUGGAAGAAUUUGAAAGGGCUGUCAGGUUGAGUUACAGCCAUCGUUGCAAUGAUAAUGCAUCAGCUAGGCAUAGACAAUUCAUUGCUGCCAUUGAGAACCAAAUUUCGCAUGUGGAAGCAGCAUUAAGAGAAUAUUUUAGUGAGGAAGGAAAGCAACCCCUUCGAUGGAUAAACUUGGAUGAAGAAGAACGCGAUGAUUUAGCCAUGUUUCUCUCUGGAAAUUCCCCAACCUCGUCUUCUGUGAAAGAUGAAUGCAACAGUUCCAGAUCUCUCGUGAAAAACUCACAUUUGGAGAACAGCCACCACAGAAGAGAUGCAGGACUAAACUUUAAUGCUAUCUGCCCUGGAGAAAAUUCUGAUGAAUUAGUAGUUAUAAAAGAUGCUGGCAGUAUCAAUAAAAAUAGUGAGUGUGUCAUAGAAGUAAAAGAUGAUUCUCCUGGAACAAGCAAUGACAUAAUCUAUAAAGCAGAUAGAGGAACUGGUGCUAGGAGAACGUGGAGUUCGCCAAAUUUCAGUGCAUUGAAGAUUGUAAUUGCUGAUGAAGGUGGAGAAAAUAACAAAUUAAUGCAAUGCGUGGAGUCUACACCUAAGGAAAAAGGUUUCAAACCUGUUUUUUGGAAGCAGAGUUGUGUGGAACAUCCACAGGCAAGGGGAGUCGUUAAUGUGUUCAAUCAGCUCUUUGGUGGGGUUCAAAGACAGCGGCAAAAUCCUGUGCUUCUUCCAUUUAAUCGCUCUGUUCGACUUAUGCUUGUGUUGAUGCUAACAGUUUUCUUGAUUGUGCCAUUUGUACUUUAUUCAACAUGAGAACAAGUGGUAGUUUACUGCUCAUGAUCAAGGAUUCAAGAUCA